AUGUCUUCCGCCCCGGAGAUCUCCACGCUCCUCUUCCCCACCCUGGCUCCCUUUCCUUCAGCUUCUCCAGCAGAGUCCAGUGGAGGAGGAGGAGGAGGUCUGGCUCUGGAGCCCAACACCACCUCCUGCCAGGAGUGGGAGGAAGCCCACCACCUCCUCUUCCACCUCGGCAACCUGUCUCUGCUGGUUGGUCUAAUCAUUCCUACCACUGUGGCCCUGCACAUGAUUCUGCUGCGCCUUCUCCUGAUGACAGGAUGCUCUCUCUUCAUUGCGUGGGCAACGCUGUACAGAUGCAACCUGGACGUGAUGGUUUGGAACGUGGUCUUCCUGGUGGUCAACUUCAUGCACUUCUUCUUCCUUCUGUACAAGCGCAGGCCAAUCAAGAUCGACAGGGAAUUGAGGGCCGUCUACAAGCGGAUGUUUGAGCCCCUCCAUGUGCGAGAGGCUCUGUUUCAGAGGCUCACAGGCCAGUUCUGCACCAUUCAGACUCUAAAGAAAGGCCAGAUCUACGCUGCCGAGGACAAGACCUCUGUGGACGAGCGCCUCAGUAUUCUUCUCAAAGGAAAGAUGAAGGUUUCAUACCGAGGCCAUUUCCUUCACAACAUCUACACCAAUGCCUUCAUCGACUCUCCAGAGUUCAGGUCGACAGAGAUGCACAGAGGAGAGAAAUUCCAGGUGACCAUCACGGCAGAGGAGAACUCUAAAUUCCUGUGCUGGUCUAGAGAGAGGCUCACCUAUUUCCUGGAGUCAGACACUUUCCUCAAUGAGGUGUUCAGAUACCUCAUUGGCAAAGACAUCACCAACAAACUGUACUCUCUCAAUGACCCUACACUCAGUGACAAGGCAGUGAAGAAGAUGGACCGCCAGCCUAGCCUGUGCUCCCAGCUUUCUAUGAUGCAGAUGAGGAAUAGCAUGGCGAGCACCAGCGACACCGAUGAUGUUCUCAACCAGAUCCUACGUGGAGGGUCCGCUGGCUCUUCACUCCAAAAAUCACCUGGCACCAAGGCCUCUUCCGCGAUGAAACCCAUCGAAGAGGGCAUGGAGGAUGAUGUUUUUGAAACAGAGUCUCCACGCUCCAAAUCUCGCCAUAUUCCCAGCACCUCCACUGAGGAGGUGUAGCCAGUACAGACUAAGUUGCAAUCACAUCAUAUAAUGUCAUCAUGUAGUAUUGUUUAGCCACCUUAAAGGGAUAGUUCACUCAUUUUGAAAAAUGUGAUAUCAUCUCACUGUCCCUUUGCUGGUAUGUAGGACAGUAAUGGGUUGGGUGGUUAUUUUUCAGAGUGUUAGCUGGGGGGAAG